ACUGGGCCGGCGGGCGGAGGCGCUGGCUACGCGGUGGGCUGGGCCUGGUCUGGAACGCCGGUGGCAGGUUAGGCUCCGAGACACCGAACGACCCGUUUGGCAUCUCCCUCCCUCCCUCCCUCGCUCCUCACCCCCUCCCCCCCAGGUCGGGGGAGGCGGCGAGUCCGGCUGAGGGUUGUGGGGCGCGGGGCAGGUCUGGAGAGCCAUGAGCAGCCCGGAUGCGGGGUACGCCAGUGACGACCAGAGCCAGACCCGGAGCGCGCUGCCCGCGGUGAUGGCCGGGCUGGGCCCCUGCCCCUGGGCCGAGACUCUGAGUCCCCUCGGGGACGUAAAGGUGAAGGGCGAGGCGGCGGCGAGCAGCGGGGCGCCGGCCGGGGCCACCGGCCGGGGCAAGGGCGAGUCUCGCAUUCGGAGGCCGAUGAACGCCUUCAUGGUGUGGGCCAAGGACGAGCGCAAACGCCUCGCGCAGCAGAACCCGGACCUGCACAACGCCGAGUUGAGCAAGAUGCUGGGCAAGUCGUGGAAAGCGCUGACUCUGGCGGAGAAGCGGCCCUUCGUGGAGGAAGCCGAGCGGCUGCGCGUGCAGCACAUGCAGGACCACCCCAAUUACAAGUACCGGCCGCGGCGGCGAAAGCAGGUGAAGAGGCUGAAGCGGGUGGAGGGCGGCUUCUUGCACAGCCUCGCCGAGCCGCAGGCGGCCGCGCUGGGCCCCGAGGGCGGCCGCGUGGCCAUGGACGGCCUGGGCUUGCCUUUCCCCGACCAGGGCUUCCCGGCGGGCCCGCCGCUGCUGCCCCCGCACAUGGGUGGCCACUACCGCGACUGCCAGGGCCUGGGCGCGCCCCCACUCGACGGCUACCCGCUACCCACGCCCGACACGUCACCCCUGGACAGUGUGGAUCCGGAUCCGGCCUUCUUCGCCGCGCCGCUGCCCGGGGACUGUCAGGCUGCCGGGCCCUACAGCUACGCACAGGCCUCUGACUACCCUGGGCCCCCGGAGCCACCCGCCGUCCCGGGGCACCCCAGGCUUGGUCCCGAGCCCGCAGGCCCCGCAAUGCCCGGCCUCCUGGCGCCCCCCAGCGCCCUGCACGUGUACUACGGCGCGAUGGGCUCGCCCGCGCCCAGUAGCGGGCGCGGCUUCCAGAUGCAGCCGCCGCAGCACCCGCCGGGUCCCGGGCAGCCGUCACCUCCUCCCGAGGCUUUGUCCUGCCGUGACGGCGCGGACGCCAGCCAGCCUGCUGAGCUCCUCGGGGAGGUGGACCGCACGGAAUUCGAACAGUAUCUGCACUAUGUGUGCAAGCCCGAGAUGAGCCUCCCUUACCAGGGACAUGACUCAAGUGUGAAUCUCCCUGACAGCCACGGGGCCAUUUCUUCCGUGGUGUCCGAUGCCAGCUCUGCGGUAUAUUACUGCAACUAUCCUGAUGUUUGACAGGUUCCCAGUUCAGCCCAGCCUGCAGGCCAGAAGCACAGUGUUACACACUUCCCGGAGAAGCUAAGGUUAUCCUUAGCUUCAUGUUGUUUUGUUUUGUUUCGAAGUUGUCUUGGCAUAUAAUUUAUGAUAAUUUAUUUGUCUGCCACUUGAACAGUUGGGAGGAGAAAAAUGUGAGGUUUUGUUUUAAGAUUUCUUCAGAUAAUUGUUUCCCACAGUGUCAUUGUCAAAAGCCCGUUUCCAAGUUCCAAGUUUACCAGUUUUGAGUGUCCCAGAACAACUUGCUCCAUUUUCUAAAAAUUUAUUGAUCAAAGAAAUUUUCUUUUCGGGUGCGAUUUUUCAAUCUUAAAAAAAAUAAAAUCUGGAAUCCUACUUUUUCGCUUGCUAGUGCCUCUGUCAGAAACGCCAUUUUUUUUGAGACAGAUGUUAAGUGUUAAUAGGAUUAGACAUUUUAACGGUGACAUGUAGCACAUAGAUCCUCAUUUUCUCAUUUUCUCAAAAUAGUAGACCUAAGUGACUUCAAUGAACAUUAGGAUAUCCAAAUCUGAUGUAAUAGUUUUUGCUAGGAAAAAUCCUCAUGAAUGAGCCUGUUACAGGGAUCAUAGUUUGUAAAAAGUUAUGGUCAAUCUUAACACUUUAAAUAUAUUCAAUUUUACUCCAUCACUCACUUCUAUCAGAAGAGAACAGUCAAGUAAUUUUGGUUUUCUAGUUGUUUGUUGAAUCUUGAGACCCUGCUUAAAGAGGCUUUUGGUUUUUUCUUUUUCUUGUCAUCUGUAUUUCACUAAUAGUGUUUAUAUUCCCUCUCAACAAUGAACUUGUCUUUGAAAUCCUCACAUGUCUACACCUUGGGAAGUAGUGUUACUGGGCUGAAAAUAAUUUCAAGGAUUCACAGGAAUAAAAUGUGCAUUUAGCCUUGA